CUGCCCCUUUAUCGCCCAUUGUACAGGGAGUGCCCAGUGUUUCUUGCUGCGCUGCUGUCCCCAGAUAACCGGCCGCAUGGCUGACAGCAACAGAUGCUCCAGGAGGUGUACGCUGCUUUUCCUGGGCUACUUCAUGUACCUCCUGAUCGGAGCUGUAGUCUUCCGGGCGCUGGAGUUGAAGGAAGAAAACAAACUCAAAACCAAGAUCUGGAAAGAGAAAUUGGAAUUCCUGAAGAACUGCAGCUGCCUCUCUCAUGAAGUACUGGAGACUUUCAUGGAGGCAAUAACUGAAGCUAUAAAGCAUGGAGUGAAUCCUAUUGGAAAUGAUUCCAAAUCUUCCCACAGUAAUUGGGAUAUGAGCAGCUCUUUCUUUUUUGCAGCUACAGUGGUGUCUACAAUAGGCUAUGGAAAUCUCUCACCCACAACAGCUGGAGGUCAGAUCUUCUGUGUUUUCUACGCACUCUUCGGAAUUCCCUUGCAUGUGAUUAUUCUUGGUGCUGUUGGCAAAAGUCUAUCUUCCCAUUCGGAAAAAAUACGCAAUUGUCUGUUCAAGAGAGGAAUGAAACAGAAAAGAGUGGAGCUUUUAACAUUCCUGUUUUUUCUUGUGAUUGGUGCUGGAAUAUUCCUGGCCUUACCACCUCUAGUUUUUUGUUUUAUUGAGAAAUGGUCCUACAGGGAAGGAGUUUAUUAUGCAUUCAUCACUCUCAGCACCAUUGGUUUUGGUGAUUAUAUUGUGGGUGUCAACCCUCAUAUGAAGUACAGAAAAUUUUACCGGGCUGUGAUGGCAAUCUGGAUCCUCUUCGGCAUGGCAUGGUUGGCACUUCUGUUUAACUUACUGACCACCUUCAUGGAGGACACCGAGAAGAAAAUUACACAAAUUAGGAAUAAAAAAAAAGCAAAGGCAAAAAUGAUCUUUGGAUAUAAUGCAAAUGCAAAUUCGAGUUCAGAGGAUGUUUCCAUACUGUCGGAUUCAGAGACAGGUGUACAGAAAGAGGUCCAGAAAUCUUCCGAACAGGAAGAAUCAUUACAAGUUGAAUUGAAAACAGCAGCUUCAGAUUUUUCUCAAACAACAUCUGAGCCAGAAUCUUUGAAUUUGAAGAAUACAGACCAAGAAAUAUCACAAAUCAAUAUUCACAAAUCCAAUUAUUCCAAAAUCUAGAAGGCCAUGUGUUCCUGAGUAGAAGAUAUCCAAAGUCACUAAUCAACAUUGCUGAGCAACAUUUAAAGCAACACUGGGAUAAAGAUUUGCGUUCACUGACUGGUGGUAAAUGAAUUGCCUUCCUAAUAUAGAACCUUGUCCAGUCAUCAUUUCCUCAGACAUCAAUAUAUCUUCUGCCCCAACAACAUAUCAGGAACAAGAUUAUCUUCAGGUUUUUUCCUUUUUUUUGGAAGGUAUAGGGAGGUUUACAAAUACAUUUGAUAUGCUGAGGUUUCUGACAGACUGGCUGGAAACAGAUCUUAAAGAAAUGUAAAAUCAUAUUUAAGUCUCUUUAAAGUAUACUGCAGGUGAAUUUCCAUUUAUUAAGCAUAAAGCCACAUGUGCAGAUUUACAGAGUUCACAUUGCAAUUAUGAGGCAACUGUGCCAUAUCAUCAGAACAUACUUUUUGAAUUACACUCAGUUCUGAUGUAGCGCCUUAGUUCCAUUCCCGUACAAUCUCGCAUUAUAAGAAAAUCACAUAAUUGCCGUGCCAUCCAAACUUAUGGGGCUGGAAUCACAUUAAAGCCAAUAACGGUAAGGAAAGUUCAUGUUCUACAAAUAACAGUCUAAUUUCCAAAAACGCAUUGAAGAAAAUGUAUUAUAGUAGAACCAACUGUUUGCUAAUUGAAAGCCAUGAAAUGGACGAUAAUGCAAUGAUUAUUUGAUUGUUUACAUGUGAGUCAUUUCAUGUUACAAUAAAACGGUCAUUGAGUCAAUAUAUGGUUCAUGUAUUAUUA